AUGCUAUUUAGGGCUAUAUCACUUCUGAUAUGUCAGUUGGUUGCGAUUUUGACCUUUGCUAUUGGGUUUUUCCCACAGAAAUCUGUCUUGACAGGUGAUUCUGAAUUUCUUUACAUGCCAGAGGAACAUAAACCAAUGGAACCUCAAUUCGAAAAAAUGGUGGUAAUGGUAAUUGAUGCUUUACGGUCUGAUUUUUUAUUUCAAGCAAAUGUGUCCGGUUUCCACUUUGUUCACGAUUUGAUAAAUAAAGGCGAAGCAUGGGGUUAUACGGCAUAUUCAAACCCUCCUACUGUCACAUUGCCUAGGUUAAAGGGGAUCACAACUGGUUCUAUGCCAAAUUUUCUUGAUGCAAUUUUGAAUGUUGCUGAAGAUGAUACGUCAUCUAACUUGAAGGACCAAGACUCAUGGUUGUCUCAACUUCAUAAGCAUGGGAAAAGGAUACAUUUUUAUGGUGAUGACACUUGGUUAAAGCUGUUUCCUUCACACUUUUUUCAACGCAGUGACGGUACCAACUCAUUCUUUGUUAGUGAUUUUGAAGAAGUCGAUAGAAAUGUAACUAGGCAUCUGCCGUAUGAUUUAAGUUAUCAGGAAUGGGAUAUUCUGAUCCUACAUUAUUUAGGUUUAGAUCAUAUUGGGCAUAAAGGGGGAUCCGCGUCACAAUUUAUGUUUCCUAAACACAUAGAGAUGGAUGCGGUAAUUAAAGACAUUUAUGACGCGGUUGAUGAACGAACUUUAGUAUGUGUGUUGGGAGAUCAUGGGAUGAAUGAUAUGGGUAAUCAUGGGGGUUCAUCUGCUGGAGAAACAAGUGCAGCAAUGGUGUUUAUUUCUAAAAAAUUGGCAAACUAUAAAGCUCCAGAAGCUCAAAGAGGUGUUCAAGUGCCCCUAAUCAACUCAGAUGGAGAUUAUCAAUAUCUUACUAGGAUCCAACAAGUGGACAUUGUGCCAACCCUAGUUUCGUUAUUUAAUUUCCCUAUCCCCCAAAAUAGCGUUGGUAUUAUAAUAAAGGAUUUCCUGCCGCUACUUGGUACUUUUGCUGAGAUUAAAGUGAAAGAUAACUUUCGCCAGUUAAUGAAAUUGGCGAAUAAUACGCCCGAGUUUGCUGGGGCUAGCAUUGACAUGUUACUGGAACAAAUGAAGAUUACUCAAGAUGAUUUGGCUACAGCUGCUACAAACUAUAACUACAUCUUUUUAAUUAUUGGUUUGUCCAUCUUAUGUUUCAUAACAAUAAUCAUCUCUUGUGAAUUUUACAGAACUUUCAAACAAACCAAAAUUUUAAGUCUGACGGUGGCUAUAUCUCUAUCCUUAGGUUUGAGCAUGUUCAGCAGUAGUUUUGUGGAAGAGGAGCAUCAGAUAUGGUGGUGGAUACUUACCGCUGCUGUAGGAAUAUCUUGGGUUAUGAAUCCGUCUCUUACUUGGGAUCAUUUUCUGGUAUCUGUCUGUGCCAGAUUAAUCCGUGGAUGGAAUAAUAGUGGCCAAAAAUACAUAUACGAAAAUACGAUUUAUCAGAUCUUGGAAAGAUACCCCAAUACUAAAUGGCUUAUAAAUGCUGCAACAAUGUUUUUAGUCGCUUUUGAAACUGUUGAAUUUAAUCUGAUGACAUUUGUCUCGUCGUUUGUUACAGUUACUUUAUGCUUAGCUUACAAAGGUUGUUGGACUCUCGUCAAUGAAGGAUUGGUCCCAAACUGGUUACAGGCUUUUGUUAAUAUGACAUGUUCAUUUUUAAUUGGACCCGAUAAUAUGCUCAAAGAAGCCCUAGUACCUUUGGCCCGGCUUUGUUUCCAAAGUAUUCUGGCAUCGAUAGUAUUUCGGGUAUGCUAUAACAGGUUUAAAUCAUCGCCAAAAACAUUGCAAAGUAUAAUCCCGCUUAUUAAUACCAUAUUGGUUUUACAGACCUCACCUUCCAAUAUCCCAUUAUUCCUUCUUUUCACCGUUAUGAAGAUAGCAAUCAACAGGAUUCUAACUAAUUUAUCCUCUAAUGACCUAUCACAGAUAUCCUGCAUAUUAUCCUUAAUAAUGCAAAACUUUACAUUCUUCCAAUUCGGUGGCACAAACUCAAUAGCAACAAUAAAUUUGACCAAUUCAUAUAAUGGUGUUUCUCAGAGUUAUAACAUAUAUGUUGUUGGUUUCUUGACGUUUAUUAGUAACUUCGCACCUGUGAUUUAUUGGUCUUUGAACCUCAUUGAAGUCUACCAAGAACCCAAUAAAAAACAUACAUACUUAGUUGAAAGGUUACCUAUAUUGUUCCAUUAUUCUGUUACUGGUGUUUUCCUGUUGAUAUCCUGUUUGGCACUACGAUACCAUUUAUUCAUAUGGAGUGUCUUCAGCCCAAAACUAUGCUACUAUAUAGCCUGGAGCAUCCUUAUCAACGGCCUAUUAGAACAUUUAUUUAAUCCACUGCUUCUGACUGUUACCAAUAAGUAG